AUGGGAACUGUCAGAGUUACUCAGAAUAUGAUAGAAAACUAUACAUCAGAUAAAGGAGUUGGGAGUUGGGACAUUCAUUUUAUUCCGAAUCGAGCGAUUAAGGGACAUACGGCCGCUAGUGAUGGUGUUGUAUUUGACAUAUGGAAUCAUGGAGCGAAACCUGAUCGCGAUGCUACACAGGCCUUUUUGAGUGCUUGGAAAGCAGCUUGUGCAGCGACUACUCCUACCACAGUUUUGGUCCCGAAAGGAUCAUAUGUGCUAAACGCAAUCAAGCUUCAAGGUCCAUGCAAGUCUAGAGUCACAUUAGAAAUUUUAGGGAACUUCAGGGCUCCUGCUGACCCGGUUCUAUUUAAGGGUGAAGAUACAUGGGUUAAGAUUCAAAACGUUGAUGGUUUGACUAUCACGGCUCCUAAAGGAGCAGGCGUGUUCGAUGGUCAAGGAUAUAUGGCCUGGACAAUGAAUAACUGCUCUAAAACUGGCAAAUGCAAUAGCCUACCUUAUGUAAGAUGCUUAGUUCAACUCCUUGACGAAUUCAGUGAUUCAUGGCAUAACUUCGCUAGACUAAUAAUGCAUGACAUUACUAUUUCUGCCCCAAAAACUAGUUUAAACACUGAUGGAAUUCACGUAGGACGUUCAGAUGGAGUAAAUAUAACACUUGCACAAAUUGGAACAGGAGAUGACUGUGUUUCCAUUGGGGAUGGUGCUAAAAAUGUUCAUAUCGAGCAGGUCACUUGUGGACCUGGCCAUGGUAUUAGUGUAGGAAGUCUAGGUAGGUACCCUAAUGAGGAACCGGUGCAAGAUAUCACCGUGAAGGGAUGCACAAUCAAGAACACAGAUAACGGUGUUAGGGUUAAAACAUGGCACAACUCUUACCAAGGUGUGGUCACUGGCUUGCAUUUUGAGGACAUCACUGUUGAAAACGUCUUGAAUCCUAUUAUUGUUGAUCAAGAAUAUUGCCCAUAUAAUCACUGCGUACAAAAGACACCAUCCAAAGUGAAGCUUAGUGACAUUAGAUUCAAGAAUGUGAGGGGCACAUCAGGUAGCAAGGAAGCAGUGAAGGUGGUUUGCAGCAGCGGCGUGCCAUGUGAGAAGAUACAGCUCACUGACAUCAACCUGACAUACACAGGCGAAGAUGGUCCUGCAGUCUCUAUGUGUAAAAAUGUCAGGCCUGUUGCAACAGGAAAGCAGAUCCCACCCGCUUGCACUGCACCUGCUACCCCUGGUAAAGAUCUAUGAAGACAUUUAAGUUUUAAGCUUUGUAAAAUUUUCCCCUGUUUCUUAGCUAGUGUGUUGAGUUAUCACUUGUAAUCUCACAGUGAUCUGAUAUACAAAUUCAAUGGAGGUACAUAUGCUUUUAGAGGUACAUGUGUUAUAAUUCAUAUAACAAUUACCACAAGUACAAAACUUGCGACUGUUUUGCAAUGAAAAUUCAUUUUAGUACCUCCAAUAUCAUUCUUGAAUAUAUGCCUUGACAAUGCUAAGAAUUGCUAGAGCUAAGAAAAGGUUGGGACUCCACCAAACACAUACAAAUAUAAUCCCAGAUUUUGGUGUAAUAGAAGUAGUACACUAUAAUGACAUACAAAUACUGACUGUCAGGGAAAUUUUCCUAGUAAAAAAAAUAUGGACUUUAGUCAGUUUGUUCUUUUCUUAUCUCCUCUUGUGCAUUGCUAACAUUACAGCAAACCCUGCCAUGGAUUCCAGAUUUAUAUGACUUAAAAGGUAGUUUUAUGUUUUGUAGUUCCCUCAAAAAAAUUUAGAAAGAUCCAAAUCUUUCAACAAGUGCUCUUGGGUUGCUUACCUGCUCCAUAGAGGACUUAUUAAAAAAG